UCUGUAUCUCUCACUCAUAGAAGAAAUAAAUAAACUUUAAUAAAUGUAAAGUUAAAUAGUAAUAACAGUAUCCUCCUUAUAUCCUGUUGAGGACGGAUCAGAAGAGACCAAGAAGUUGAAGUGCUUUUCCAACCACAGAAUAUCCCACACAUGCCAGUGAUGACUGUUGUUUGUGGCAGGGUGGUGUCAUCCUUAUGAACAGAUAGUCCUGAGUGACUCCGAACAGGAAGAGGACGAAAACAAUAACUGUCCGUGACGCCUGAACCAGACUCUCGGCCACCGUGAACAGCAAUGGUCAAUAUCCAGCACAGCCAACCUAUCCCGUGCAGCCUCCUGGGAAUCCAGUGUACCCCCAGACCUAGCAUCUUCCUCAGGCUCCACCCUGUACUGAUGCUCCACCUGCCUACUCAGAGCUCUGUCGUCCACGCUUUGUGUAUCCAGGGGCUGCUACAGUACCUGUCAUGUCAACUGCAUUUCCUGGCACCUCUGUAUCUUCCUAUGACCCAGUCUGUGGCUGUUGGGCCUUUAGGUUCCACAAUCCCAAUGGCAUAUUAUCCGGUUGGUCCCAUCUAUUCACCUGGUUUGGCAGUACUAGUGGAAGGAGACUAUGAUGCAGGUGUCGGAUUUGGAGCUGGGGCUACUGCUGGCAACAUUCCUCCUCCACCUCCUGGAUGCCCUCCCAAUACUGCUCAGCUUGCAGUCAUGCAGGGAGCCAAUGUCCUCGUAAUUCAGCAGAAGGGAAACUUCUUCAUGGGUGGCUCAGGUGGUGUCUACACCAUCUGGUGAGGAACCAAGGCCACCUCUGCCGGGAGAGACAUCACGUACCUUCAGCAUUUCUCACAAUGUAACUGCUUAGUCAUGUUAACCUGAAGUUGCAGUUUAGACACAUAUUAUUGGGGUGUCUUUCUGGUGCCCAAACUUUCAGACACUUU